GAGGUGUAUAAAAAAGAAUGGAAGAAAACGGGUUGUACCCUAAUGUCCGAUGCGUGGAGCGAUGGAAAGUAUAGAAGCAUUACAAAUUUUCUUGUCAAUAGUCCACGGGGUACCGUUUUCCUCAAAUCUAUUGACACAUCUGGCAUUAUCAAGAAUGCGGAUAAUUUGUGUGACUUGCUUGAUGACUUGGUGAAAGAAAUUGGGGAAGAGCAUGUAGUCCAAGUGGUGACCGAUAGUGCAUCAGCUUAUGUAAGUGCCAGACAAUUGCUAAUGGAGAAAAGGCCUAAUUUGUUUUGGAACCCUUGUGCCACUCAUUGCCUUGAUUUGAUGCUUAGUGACAUUGGCGAGUUUAUAGUCUUUAAGGACACCUUAGCAAAAGCAAAGGAAGUCACCGUGUUCAUCUAUAGGCAUCAAUGGGUACUUGACAUGUUUAGAAAAUACACAAAAAAGAAGGAAUUGGCACGACCAGCAAUUACUAGAUUUGCUACCUCUUAUAUCACCUUGAAAAGAUUUGAUGACUUAAAGAUUCAAAUUAGAGCUAUGUUUGCAUCGGUGGAGUGGGCUACAAGCUCUUAUGGUAAAAGUGCGGUGGGGAAUAAAGUGGAAAGCAUAAUUUUAGAUGAUCACAGAUUUUGGAAAGGAAUCAAAUUUUGCAUGAAGUGUGUUUUGCCUUUGGUUAAAGUAUUGAGGCUUGUGGACGGUGAUUCCAAGCCGGCCAUGUGGUACAUUUAUGAGGCUAUGGAUAGGGCGAAAGAACAAAUCGCCAAAAACUUGGGGGAACAAAAGAGAAGGUAUGAGAAAAUAUGGAAUGUCAUUGAUACGAGAUGGGAUUAUCAACUCCAUAGACCCCUUCAUGCGGCGACUUACUACCUCAAUCCCAAGUUUCAAUAUAGUGAAACAUUUAAAGCCGAUAGAGAAGUUAGAAAGGGCUUGUACACCACCAUUGAGAGGAUGUACCCGGAUAUGGACACAAGGAUUAUCAUUGACGAGCAACUAGAGAAGUUCAAAAAUGCCGAGGGUAUGUUUGGUAUGGACAUGGCCAAGUUGACAAGAGAUAAGAAGCAACCCGCAUUAUGGUGGGAGAGUUUUGGAGAAGAGUGCAAGGAGCUCCAAAGGUUAGCAAUAAGAGUGCUAAGCGGCACUUGUAGUGCAACUGGAUGUGAAAGAAAUUGGAGCAUAUUUGAUAUUGUACACUCAAAAAGGAGGAACCGUUUGGAAACUCAAAGGAUGAAUGCGUUGGUGUUUGUAAAAUACAACAUUCAACUUGAGUUGAGGCAAGAGAAGAGGCAAGAGAGGGGUGAUACAUAUGAUCCAAUUUGUUUAUCUGAUAUGGAGUCUGAUGAUGAAUGGAUCACUGAAAAAGAAGGUCCAAUACUACCCGUAGAUCAUCCAUGGAUGGACAUUGAAGAGUGCUUUAAAGAUGAUGGAAUGGUUGGGAAAAAGAGAAAGAGAGGGCCAAGGAACUUGAAUGCUUAUGGCCGAAAAAAAGGAAAAAAGAAAGCAAGUGAGUUGGAUGAUGAAGAUGAAAUUGAAGUGUUUGAUGACAAUGAAGUCAUUGAACUCGAGGGAGAAGAAGAGGAAGAAGAGUUUGAUGAAGCGACUAUGGCGGAUGAUGAUGAUGAUGAUGUGGAGGAACUUGACCUUGAAGAUGAUUGAGGAAUGAUCAAUCAAAACUAUCUUAGAGCUUAUUUACUAGUUAAAUUGUGUUUGAAACUUUGAAUGUUCUUUUUUUAUUCAACUUGCAAGUUGCAAGUACUAUCGUUAUUUGCUAGGGCUUACGUUAUGCUAUUAGGUAUUUGAAAUCUUGAAACUUGUGGAUCUUGUGUUGAUUAUAAUUGCAUGUAUGGCAUAACUAUAUUGGUUUUUGAACUUUUUAUUGCCAUUUAUGUAGAAAUAUAGACCACGGAGGGAUUCGGACCCACAUCUCUUGCAAUAAAAGCAACUGUCUUGCCUAUUUAGACCACGUGAUCAUCUAUUUAUCUUUUGAAACACUAUCUUUAUUGAUUCAAACAUGAAAUAUACAUUUUGUAUGCAUUUUAAAAAUCAUGACCGAAUCGAAGCGAUUCACGAUUCGCUACUGGGCCUUUUCGAUUCUCGAUUCGGUUCACGA